AUGUACUACCUCUCCACUUCUUGUCUGGUCUUUUCCUUCCUCUUCUCCUUAUUACACCUUAUUCCUUGUAAUUCAAGUAAACUUGGAUGGAACAUCAGCACCACUUUCCCCUUAUGGGGAGGGACUCAUCACAAAUCUUGCGAUCCUCCAUCGCUAGGGUUUCACUGCAACAAAAGCGUCACCUAUUUAUCCAUCUCAGAUCAAGAGUUCAAAGUUCUACAUAUAAAUCAAACAUCUAACACUCUUACACUUGCAAGAACAGAUCAUCUUGGCUCCUUUUGCUCCUCUAGAUUCUCCAACACAACCUUACCUCCAGAUUUUUUCAAGCUUUCCCCAAUCUACAAGACCUUCACGGUAUUUCACAACUGCAAUAACUUUCGUCUCGACCUUUCGUCACGAUAUAUAUGUCCAAAGAUAGGAUUUAUCUCAGUGUCUGAAAACCCUUACCGCUAUAUCGAUUUCUGCCUGUCAAGUUUCACCGUGAAUGUUCCUACGAGUUUCCUUUCAAAAGAGAAGGAUUUGAAUAUGACCGAUUUGGAAAGAGUUUUAAGAAAUGGGUUUGAGGUGAAAAUGAAGAUCGAUAAGAACGAAAUCUGUGGCUUCAACGAAAUCUUGCCAUUUGGAGUUACUUGCGGUCCACUCCCUCCACCAGCAACUCCAACUGAUCAAACAUCAAACACUCUUAGACUCUCCAGAGCAGAGCUUGUAGGUUCUUUUUGCAACGCUACAUUCACAGCCACAACUUUACCUCCCGAGAUCUUUGAGCUUUCGUCAAACUACAAGAACCUCACUGUUUUCUCCCUCUGCAACCCUAAGCUUAAUUACCAUUCGAGCUAUAAAUGUCCUGGUAGAGGUCUUGUCUCAGUGUCUGAAAACCACGAUUAUCAUAGUUCCUGCGAUGACAGUUUCAUGAUUAACGUUCCAAAGAGCUUCGUUCCAGAAGAAAAAGAGUUGAAUGUAAGCAAGUUGGAGAGUGUUCUAAGUACAGGCUUUGACGUGAUGGUGAAGAUCGAUAAGAAAGCUUGUCAAGAAUGUUCAUCUUCUCAUGGAAUCUGCGGCUUUGAAAAUACCACACAGGUUUGCUGCAACGAAUCCUCAUCAUCAGAAUGCAAUAAACUCCAUCUCCCAGAUGCUAGUGAUCUUUAUACACGCUGUAGACCACCGUUCAGCUGCGGCAAUCAGAGCGAGCUCUUCUACCCUUUCUGGAUAUCUGGCAGACAAGGCUGUGGCCACCCGGACUUCAAGCUUGAAUGCAAGGACAGUGUUGCGGAGGUUAGCAUCUCGGGCGUGAAGUACAGAAUCCUAGAGGUGAAAUAUGACUCCAGUACUAUAAGACUUGCCAGAUCGGAAUAUAGCGGUGGUCUUUGUCCGCAAGAUCCUUUAUAUGCGACAUUCGACGAAACUGUCCUUCAAUUUGCUCCUAACACAGAGCUGCUAACGAUUUAUCACGACUGCAGCCGAGACUUUACACGACAUGUUUCUACUUACGUUGGAGAGCUUACUUGUGAUGGCGAUGAUGGUGAUGAAAGAAGAAGCUACUAUGUGACAAGAAACAUCUCAUCCUCUCUACUUAACGGGAUUAGAGAGUCUUUAAACGAGAUCGGGUUAUCUUGCAAUAACGUCAGUGUUCCUGCAUCUGGGCCUUCGCUGACCAGAUUGCAGAAUGAUCAGACUCGAGAUAAUCUGCAGAAGGCUCUUGCGUAUGGUUUUGAGCUUGGACUUAACCAAGAAUGUCUAAAGUGCAUAGAAGCUAACGGUGCUUGUGGAUAUAAUCAGAGUAAAUUCGACUGCUAUAACAUAGAAGUGACACAACAAAACAGUCCUAGAAAGAACAAGGGUCUCUCUGCUGGUAUAAUCGCAGGCAUUGUGGCUGCUUCUGGAGCACUAGUGGCCAUACUCAUAGCAGGAGCUUUGUUCUGUAUCAUCCGCCGGAGAAGGAAGACGAAGGCAUCAUCUCAAUACACAACAAGCAAAGACUUGCCAAUAACCUCUUACUCAACAAGCAAAGCAACAUCAAGCUACAAUCCAACUUCCACAACAAUCUCCACCAGCAGCAACCACUCUCUCGUCCCAUCAAUCUCCAACCUCGGAAGCACCUACAUCGGCGUUCAAGUCUUCAGAUACGAAGAGCUCGAGGAAGCCACCGAGAAUUUCUCUAGAGAGCUCGGCGACGGCGGCUUCGGUACCGUCUACUACGGCGUGUUGAAAGACGGACGAGCCGUGGCGGUGAAACGGCUCUACGAGAGGUCGCUGAAACGCGUCGAGCAGUUCAAGAACGAGAUCGAGAUCUUGAAGUCGCUGAAACAUCCGAACCUCGUGAUUCUCUACGGAUGCACGUCGAGACACAGCAGAGAGCUUUUGCUCGUCUACGAAUAUAUCUCAAACGGAACCCUCGCCGAGCAUCUUCACGGCGAUCGCGCUGAGUCUCGUCCUCUUUGUUGGACUGUUCGUCUCAACGUCGCGAUCGAAACCGCAAGCGCUUUAUCCUACCUCCACAAAUCAGGGAUCAUACAUAGGGAUGUGAAGACGACGAACAUUCUUCUAGACGAGAAUUCGACGGUGAAAGUAGCUGAUUUCGGUCUCUCACGGCUGUUUCCGAUGGAUCAAACUCACGUCUCCACGGCGCCGCAAGGCACUCCGGGAUACGUAGAUCCGGAGUAUUACCAGUGUUACCAACUAAACGAGAAGAGCGACGUGUACAGCUUCGGAGUCGUGCUCGCCGAGCUAAUCUCGUCAAAAGAAGCCGUCGACAUCACCAGGCACCGCCACGAUAUCAACUUAUCGAACAUGGCGGUCUCCAAAAUCCAGAACGACGCGCUUCACGAGCUCGUCGAUCCGAGUCUGGGAUUCGACAAGGAUCCGGAAGUGAGGAGGAGGAUGAUGUCGGUGGCGGAGCUCGCGUUCCGGUGUCUGCAACAGGAGAGGGAAGUCCGGCCGGCGAUGGACGAGAUCGUGGAGAUUCUGAGAGGGAUUAAGGAGGAGAUUCGCGAUUCGUCGGCGCCGGAUGUGGUGGAUAUUGAAGGAAGCAGUGGAGAUGACGUUGGGUUGCUGAGGCAUAGUGUUCCUCCGCCGGUUUCGCCGGAGACUGAUAAGUGGACGAGUAGUUCCGAUACGGCGGCGAGUUCAUAUUGA